AUGGCCCCUCGCCGAGGGACCCCGGGGCCCUGGGGAGAAAGGGAAGCGGCAGGCCAUGAGGGCAGAGCCCCAGAAGCCCCGCCCCCUGGUCCCGCCCCGCGGGAGCAGCCCUCAGACCCCACCCCUGCCGGCAACAGCCACGCCCCGGAAAUCCCAGGCCUCCCGGAAGUUCCGCCCUCCGCGGGGCCCCUCAUUCCUCCGCGGCGCCCACCCUACAGACCCCCCGCCUCCCCGACCCGGAAUGUUCUGUGCUCCCCGACCCUUCCCCCGUGGCGCUCCUCCACCCCAAUCCAGGAGCUCCCCAUGGCCCCUUCCUUUGGCAUCCUGGUGGGAAUUGGGGGGGGUCCCGAGGGUGGGAACGAGCAGAAGAAACUGAUCCCUCACCCACCACCGAGCAGCGGCCUGAAGAACCCCGCCCCCCUCCCCGCCUCCCUCGCUGCUAUUGGCCAAGACUGGACGCUCCUCGGGUCGGAUUGGUCGGCACUCCCACGCCCCUACGACGGCUGCGGACUCCAGAUGGGUGCGAGAUGUGACAUCAUCCCCUGUCAACUGCCGACAUGUCUGACGUGCCUGCACAUCAUUGUGAAUCCCAAGAGGUCCAAACUUACCAAACAUGAGAGAAUUCACAAUGAAGAGAAACGUCAUGCAUGCAAGCAAUGUGGAAAGACAUUCAGUCGGAGUUUUAGUCUUGCUGAACAUCAGAGAAUACAUACUGGGGAGAAACCUCAUGAAUGUAAGCAAUGUGGAAAGAGUUAUAGACUGAACUCCAGUCUUGCUAAACAUCAGAGAAUCCACACUGGGGACAAACCUUAUGAAUGUAAACAAUGUAGAAAGACAUUCAUUCACAGCUCUAGUCUUGUUCAACAUCAGAGAAUCCACACUGGGGAGAAACCUUAUGAAUGUAAGCAAUGUGGAAAGAGUUUUAGGCUGAACUCCAAACUAACUCAACAUCAGAGAAUCCACACUGGGGACAAACCUUAUCAAUGUAAGCAAUGUGGAAAGACAUUCAUUCAAAGCUCUCAUCUUAUUGUACAUCAGAGAAUCCACACUGGGGAAAAACCCUAUAAUUGCAACCAAUGUGGAAAGACAUUCAGUCAGAGGUCCAAACUUACUAAACAUCAGAGAAUGCACACUGGGGAGAAACCUUAUGAGUGUAAGCAAUGUGGAAAGAAAUUUAGUGAGAGGUCCAGUCUUACUAAACAUCAGAGAAUCCACACAGGGGAGAAACCUUAUGAAUGUAAGCAAUGUGGAAAGAAAUUUAGUGAGAGGUCCAGUCUUACUAAACACCAGAGAAUCCACACUGGGGAGAAACCUUAUGAAUGUAAGCAAUGUGGAAAGACAUUCAGUCAAAGCUCUAAUCUUAUUGUACAUCAGAGAAUCCACACUGGGGAGAAACCUUAUGAAUGCAAGCAAUGUGGAAAGACAUUUAGUUGGAGCUCCAGUCUUACGAAACAUCAGAGAUUCCACACUGGGGAGAAACCUUAUGAAUGUAAGCAAUGUGGAAAGACAUUCAGUCAAAGCUCUAAUCUUAUUGUACAUCAGAGAAUCCACACUGGGGAGAAACCUUUUGAAUGCAAACAAUGUGGAAAGACUUUCAGACAGAGCUCCAAACUUGCUCAACAUCAGAGAAUCCACACUGGAGAGAAACCUUCUGAAUAUUAG